AUGAUAUUUUUGAUUAUAGUGAUCAUCUUGAUAGCAAUCAUUCUAGCUGGAUUUGUUUAUUCAUUGAAUAAGGCAGGACCUAAGAGAACUUAUAAUGUGGAUUUGACAGGCAAAAUUGCAAUAGUAACAGGGUCUUCUGCUGGUGUUGGUAAAGAGACAGCUAAGAAGUUGGCUUUAAGAGGUGCAACAGUUAUAUUUGCUUGUAGAAAUAAAGAAAAAACAUAAAUAAUUAUUGAUGAAAUAUCUAAGAUAAGUAAGAAUAAUAAUUUACAUUAUAUAAAUUUGGAUUUACCAAAUUUUGAUUCUGUUAGAUAAUUCGUAAAAGAAUUUAAAUAAAGAUUCAAUAGAUGUGAUUACUUAAUAAAUAAUGCUGGUAUUUUUAUAAUCAAUUUAUAAAAAAAUAAUUUGAAUUAAGAAUUAACAUUUGCCACAAAUCACUUAGGUCAUUUUCUUUUAACAAAUUUACUUUUAGAUAUAAUGAGUGAUAAAUCAAGAAUAAUUAAUGUAUCAAGUGGAGCUCAUGAAUUUGUGAAAAAGAUUCCUGAUUUUUAGAAAGCAAUCAAAGGAGAAUUAAGUUUGGGAAUGACCACUUAUGCAACUUCAAAAUUUGCUAAUAUUUUAUUCACUUAAGCAUUAUAAUAGAAAUUUGAUAAGGAAAAUAGAAGAAUAAAAGCUGUAUCAAUACAUCCUGGAUUUGUGAGAACAGAAAUUUAUCAUUCAAAAAAUGGGUCAAAUCGUUUUUUAAGUGCAAUUGCGAUAGUUGUAAUAGGUUUAAUGUCUUAAUUUUCAUUAAAUGAAGAGGAAGGUUCAAGAACAACUGAGUAUACAAUGUUUUAGCCAUAUGAAGAAUUAGUACCAUCAGGAUAUUAUUAAAAAAAUCAAUUAUCAAAAUCAACAAAAUUAGUGAGAGAAUGUGGAUUAGAAACAAUGUUAUGGGAUUUAAGUACUAAGGCAGUAGAUCUAUGAA